CACUGAGACACACCAGCCAGGCCUGCUUUGGUCUUUAAAGUUACAUCAUUUGUUUUCCACAAAUUCAGUCUAUUAAAGACAAUUUUUUUUAAUGCCAGAUAAUGCCGGCAUUUGAGUUAGAAUUUAUUGUCCUUAUUUUUGCCAGGUUGAGCUGAGACAGCUUUCUUCAACCCCGCAAAGUUUUAAACUUUUAUCCCUUCCUUUGAUUUGUGUCAGGGUGAACCGUUUGAUGUAAGACUUGACUCCAUAAUCUACAUCUGCCCUAAUGCUGUCAUCCGGAAUAGAGACUCAGCCAGUUCCACUUGAUUCCUCCAUGUCUGCCGUGGUACAGGAAUUAUACUCGGAACUCCCAGUAAGUGUCUCCAAAGAGCUUCAUGCUGACCCGGGGCCAAGUGUGAUUCCAGAUGUAAAACCUGGAGCCUCAAGCUCUCUUAUAAGUCAGAGUAGGACAGUGCCCUUGGAGCUGCAGAGGACUCACGCGGGAAGUUGUGAAGAAACCUCUGAGACCUCGGAUCAUGGGGGAGAGCCUGGGCGGUGUGGGCUGGUGGACUCCACAGCAGGAGGCUCUGUGGCUUCUGGGAUCUUGGAUAGGGAAGAGAAAACCGAGAGCAUGGAGCUACAGGUCUUCAGAGAUCGAGGGGACCAGGUGGAAAUUGUAAGAGACCUCUGUCAACAUUCCACAGCCUCUGAAGAAAAGAUCAGCCCAAGUCAGGAGGACCUCCGGAUGCCGUCGCAUGAAGAACUGUUAUGCAUGGACCUCCCUGAGGAUUGUCUGAGGAUCAAAGAAGGAAAUGUACAAAUUACAACUGAAACUCUGUUAAAAUCUACUGAACAAGUACAAGGUAUGAAGGUCAAUGGGACUCAGACAGAUAAUAAUGAUGGACACAAGAAUGGCAGUGUGAGUAAAGAUCUCGCAGCUGGGCGCAGCGAUUCCCCAAAAGUAGACAAAAUCAUGACCAGUGGUGAGGUUUCAGAAACCAGCACAUUCGUUUCCCUAGAGCCUUUAAACUCUGCGAACCCUGGAUUAACAGAAGCAACUCCUAAAGAAAAAGUAUGUGAAGAAUUAAAAACUUGCUCUUCUUCGUUGUCAUUAUUACCAGGGAACAGUGCCAUUUGCAAAGUGGACCAUGGGAAGGAAGAGUUGUGUAAGUUAAGCCUUGUCUGUGAAGCAGAUGACAAUCACCACCAGAUUGUUGGCCACCAUAAUGAAAAACACGGUUCUGCUCAUGGCAGUCCCAGGCCCAUGAGAAAUGUAGUUGUAGAACCCUUAGGAAAAAAUUCUGAAGUUUCCUGUUUCAAAUCAAGUUUAUCUGGUCCAGAAUCCAGAACAGCAUCCUUAGAAAAAUGUAGUUUUGCAGGUGAUGGCUUGCUAAAGAGAUCUGCUGAAAAGACAGAGAAUUCCUGUUUUGAUGGUGACGCUCAAAGCAAGAACUUGGCUUCUAGAGAAGAAAAUGAAGAACAGUGUGUGAACUUCAGGUCUGAAAGAGGGGAAUUCUUUCUUGUUAAUGCCAAGCAACCAGAAGAGGAUGCUGGUGGUCCUUGUUCUGGAAAAAAAAAGACUGUUGCCUCCCCAGAAGAAAAUGUCCACGAUAACUAUCGCAUUCAAGGCAGUAUCCACACAGACAGCUCCAGUUCUCUAAUGCCCAAGUCUUUUCCCGAAGCCACGGAAGUCACGUUUAAAAAAAAAGAUUUGAAUAUCACUUCAGACAUACAAAUUAGCUUAACAGACCCUGAGGGCCAUAGAGAAACUUUUACUAAUAUAAGCCAUCCAGGCAGACACUCUGAAGAAAGCAGUUUUUCUUCCUCGAUGCAGACCGAAGAGCCAAAACAGACAACCACUAUCGAGCCUGGUAUGUUAAGUGAAAAGAUUUACAGUAAAGACCCUAACUCCUUAGUCAGCACCCAGAGAAACCUGGAAGGUGACACCCAGUUAAAUGAAGCAUCAUAUAGUGACUUUAUGAUUGCAAAAAAACACCUUGUGAGUUUAAUGCCAGAGGACCAGAUAAGUCUUGUAAAUGAGGAAUCAAAACCCAAGAAAGAUGCUACUCAGCUAUUACCAUCUCUAGAAUUUGGUUGCAGACCUGAGUCAGAAAAAUCUGUACAGAUCUCACAGGACAGUAUUCCACAUUUAGAUGAACAGAGCAUUGCCUGUGAGUUGAAUGAACUUCCCUCUACUGAUGAACUGGUUCUAGACAAAAUAGAAAGUGAAUGUGUUUUAAAUCAAGUGUCCCUUAAUUCUCAAGAUCAUGCGACAUUGUCAACUGACAAAGAGUUGCCUUUAGCACUAAGCGAGGAUUCCCAACAGAGCCAUCACCCUCCAUUAGAGGAUGGAGCCAGUGUCCUUACUGAUAUCCAAACCAUCCCCAUGAAGACAAAAAUGAAAGAUAUCUCUCCACCAGGUGACAAAACCUGUGGUGCCUUGUCAAACAAUUUCACCUUAAAUACCAAACCAGGAAGCCUACAAAGAAAAAACGAAAUGGCUGAUUCAGGAACAGAAGACCUACAUUCCAGACUUCUCUCAUGUAAGAAAGAAGUAGCAGUCUUGUCUCCAGAGGUCUCUGUCAUGGAUUGUCAGAGUGUUCAACCUCAGCAUCUCUCUAGCUGCCGUUGUGUAGGGGAAAAUGCACCAGGAGAGAGCACGUGUUCUGCGUGUGCUGCUUAUGAGCCUAGAAGAAUCAUCCUGGAAGGUGAAAACUCAUUGAUGAUCAACCAUGAAGAUGCAUUUCAGCACAGCGAUCACUACUCCCCAGGAAGAGAAGACUCCGUGGAAAGAAGCACCCAUAAAGUGAGUUGUACAUCAGAGGGAAGUGAACUUAAUGGAAGAGAAACAAAGGGCAGCCUUCCAGGAGAUAAGAUCAGAAACGAAAGGACAGUAGGUAUGUUAAAUAGUGAAGCUUCCAACAAAACCAUUCACGGUACCAAUCACAUCCAACCCAGUGAGGAAGGGCUAGAAUUAAAGGAACAGGAUAUACCCAAAGAGACUGUGUUUUAUAAAUAUAACAACUCUGAUUGUGCCACACAAGAGCUAAACCAAUCUAUAAACAUUCCAAAUCCUGAAAAACGAUUGGAGCUGUCUCCUGCUAAGUGCCCCAGUUUUAAAAACAUGAAUCAAGCAGUUAAAACUCUUGAUCAGAAGACAGAUGAAGUCCUUGACUACCCGAGUAACCCAGACAGACCAGAUGAGUACAGAAGCGAAGAUAAACCAGCUAAGGGGGCACUAGGUAAUGACCAGAGACAGACCAUCACAGAUCCUAACACAGGGGAAAGCUGUAACCAGAAGAACCUGCCAUUAAGUUCCGGCAAUAACAACUCAUUGUCUGGUGGUAGUCGGAAGAAAGGCUAUUUGAAAGGAGGCUUUGAAAGGAUUUCUAGUUGUGGUAAGUCCACAGAUGGUAUGGUAGACAUCGCCUGCACAAACUGUAAUAAUAAGCCCAGAGAAGGCAUGCUGGACACACUUGGUGGUGUGCGGCAAGGUGGACUGGCAUUAAUUGAAACCUCAAGGAGUGCCCUGUCUCAGAGAGGAGACUUGAAUGCUGCAUUUACAGGACAGAUUGACCAGGAUUCAGAAUUCCCCGAUGCUACUUCCUCUGCAGCAGAAUCUCUUGAAAUAAAAAAAUCAUGUGAAGAGAAAGUUUGCAGAUCGUUAAACGAUAGUGAAAUGGAAGUGCAUCCAGACCCUUGUGCCAAUGAGAUAGAGUCUAUUGCAGAUCAUGAACCAAAUACAAGAAUAUUGGAUGGAGUAAAUGUGUCUUUAAAUCAUAGUCAUCAUGAACAGCAAGUUAAAGAAGCAUCUCUGAGAGAAACACAAGAAAUGGUUGAGAAAUCAAGACUAGAAAUACAUUCUGAGUUUGACAAGGAAAAUAUCUUUGGAAUUUCCUCAGAAGAGUUGGUGUCUAGAAGACACCAAGACGAGAACUCGGUUCUCCCAGAGAGCCUUGGAUCCAUUGAGAUAAUGCCAUUGUGUCUCUCUGCUCAAGGAGCAUCAGAAGCUAAUGUUAAAAGUGAAGAAACUGACAUGAAAAAUAUUUUUAAACCAAAAGAUGGUGAAAUGCUUUGUGAAAAUGUAGAGGAUUGCACAGUCCUCCCUGAGAUGAAGGAAGAAGUACCAAGGAAUAGGAGUAAUCCCGGCGAAGGAAACAGCAUUGACAUCAGUAUGAAAAUUUUGCCUUUGAUGAUGGAAACAGAAACUAAAGUGAAAGGGGAAGAAGCCAAAGAAGAUCAGAGGGGACCACCAGAUCACGCACCUGCUGGGGAGGAAUCUGACGAGAGGAUUACCAGAGAAGAUGGUCAUGGUGAUGACAGGAGUGAGGUUUCUCAGACACACUGUAAAUCCCUGAGGAUGUAUGGUGACGCUGAAGAACAACAAAGCCAGAGGGAUUUGGACUCCAUGUUGCAGAAGGCAGAGGAAUAUGAACAUCAGAAAGAAGCACAUACACUAUUGGAACAAUGUACAUCAUCUAAUAUGUUGUCAGAUGAAGUGCAAAAUCAGAACCAACCCAAGGAUUACAAAUGCGAGUACACCAGGGUGAAAGAAGUCACCCCAGCACAGCUGGCCCAGGGUAACAUUACUGCACGGCUUCAGAAGUUGAAAGAUCCAAAGGAGGAAAAAUUACGUCAUCCAUUAAAAAAGGACAUUGAGCUGUGCAUAGGUCCUUGCCUUCAUAGUGCCCCCCAGAAAUCCCAAGACCCCAGCUCUGCUAGGUGUUAUGAAAUACACGGUGCCUUUGGGAACACUUCCCAUCAGAAAGGAGUGCUUCCCUUGAAGCAGCAGCCACAUCGGGCAUGUAAGAAAGUUCCCUGUCAGGAACAAGUCAGUAUCGGGAGGAGAAUAAGUAAAAUCAGGAAUUCUGCCUUUUUAAAGAAUUCUUCUGAGACCAUCCCCACAAAAGCACACAGACUUCUCAGCUCACCUGCUAUGUCUGCACCCACACAACUGGAACCCGACACAGUACCUAGCGGGAGCCUAGUUAGACACAUACCAAAGCAGAAGGCUACUCCGUGCCAUCUCUUAAGGAGCCUGAACGUCAGGAAGCCCACCAAAGAAUCAGCCUUACUCAGCAAGCUAUCCGUCCUUGCCUCCAGGCUGGCCCCAGCCUCAAAGACCCACAAACUAAGGUAUCGGCGGUGUUCUUCUGAACUCCUUCCGGUGGCUAAAAGCUACAAGCGGCUCAGAUGUAAAAAGCUCCUGGAUGGGUUUUCAGACACUAUGAUGCAGCUGAAUCCAUAUUUGACAGCCAGUGGAUGGGAUAGGAGGCCUAACAAUAAACCCUUGACACUUUAUCCACUCGAAGCCAUCAAAAUGAGCUUCAUAGAUCUGAGCAACAAGAUGCCAUUGCUGCUGUUGGGUUCUGGAAUCUUCCCCAUAUCCUUUCACGUGAAAUCAGGCUCCGAGCGCAUGCCUGAGGCCCCACGGACUUUUCCUGAGCACUGUGCUCCGGCGAGGCUUGCCUUAGGGGAGGCCCCCCCUUGUCCUUCUCAACCUCCCAAGUGGACCUUUUCCUUCUUCUUGUCCCACGGUUGCCCUGGGAUGGCCACAUUCAGGGAAGACACUGGCCUCCAUGCUCAGGCACAUUCCCAGGCUCCUCCACAGCCUCCAGCUCCUCUCCAAGACUACGGAGGCACCGCCAUAGUCCAGACCAGAACAGGCUGCUCUGUCCUUGGCCUUCACACUCUCCUAGCACUUUGUUCCCCAGGAUGCUACCGAAUCUGGACAAAAAAACGGAGCUUCUCCAGUCACAUGCCUACCAUGCAGAGGCUCUUCAUGACUCAGUUUACACAGGGCUUGAGGGGGUUAAGGUCUCCAGCCUCCAUAGCAGACAAGAUCUUCUGUUCUCUGCCCUAUUCGGUGGGCCGAGUGCUGUCCGUUUGGAGCCAGCAUGGGCCUUCUGCCUGCCCCUUCGAAACUUCUGCUCUGCAUUCUACUCACAGCAAGCGACCGCCAACUCUGGACAUCACAAGCAGCCACACCAUGUUACCGUAUGUGCCUCUUCCAGGCAUGGAAGCUACUUACAACACCAGUGGCGGUCAGAUGAGGCUAGAGCCUCCGUUCCCUGCCCUGGUACCAAAGUCGUGCUUGGUAACAGACUCGGCUGUCGGCAAGCUCCUGCUGUCAGCCUCUGAGUUCCCAGUUCCUGGGUUAGAUGAACUGGAUGGUGUGACAGCAGCGCGCCCCCGUCCACAGAGCAGCCCUCCAGAGCAGAAAGAGGCUGAGCCAGAAAAGAGGCCAAAGAAAGUCUCACAGAUUCGCAUCCGGAAAACCAUUCCUAAGCCAGAUCCUAAUCUUACCCCACUCUCUCUGUUUGCCCCUCAGUGGUUAAAGAAAAAGGAGUUCAGUUUGGAAGAAAUAUACACCAACAAGAAUUAUAAGUCUCCUCCUGCGAACAGGUGCUUAGAGACCAUCUUUGAGGAACCGAAGGAACGAAAUGGUACGCUGAUCUCCAUCAGCCAACAGAAGAGGAAGCGAGUUCUUGAGUUUCAGGAUUUUACUGUCCCAAGAAAGAGGAGAGCUCGUGGGAAGGUCAAGGUGACAGGCAGCUUCACCAGAGCCCAGAAGGCAGCCCUGCAGAGUCGAGAGCUGGAUGCCCUUUUGAUACAGAAACUAAUGGAACUGGAGACCUUCUUUGCCAAGGAAGAGGAAGAGGAGCCAUCACCUGGGUGUUGAGAAGCAGUUUGGUUGGAGCGUCUCAAUGUUAGAUUCCCCAGGUCUCCUGGGAAGAGGUCGCAUCAGUUUGCCCAGUGCCCAAACCACUCAAAUUGCAAUCCAUGGAUUUUUACUGCUUCAAGGUGCAGCCUCUUUAGAAACUGGUGGCGGAGGGCCCUCUACUUCUACUGCUGAGUCUAGAACCUCAGGAAAGCUCCCUUCCUUCUGGAAGUGGUCCUGGGUGACAUGGGGCCGCCGCCUCCCACACUCUGCCAUCCGCGGAGGAAGGCGCAGCGCACCUUCGACAACACUAGAUUCCAAGGCCUCCAGCACUGGCACGUCCCUGUGAAAGUCCCACGCUGUUGACGGUGGUGCUAGACCAAGAUUGCUCACAGGUGUUGCCUAGGGAGGGGGCCCGGCGUCCUCGCCUGAGUGGCCUCACAGCUCAUUUCGGUAGCUGAGGAACGAUGAGCCUGUGGUGUUUUCUAAUCCUUUGAGUCCGUCUGCCCAGAACCUGGGGUAUAUGUGUGUGUGUAUGCGUGUGCGUGCGCGUGAGUGUGUGUGUAUAUGUGUGUGCGUGUGCGCAUGUGUGUGCGUGUGCGCGUGUGUGUGUUUUCCCAUCAUUUUUUCCUCCCCUCUGUAACUGUGGGUCACUAGUGCCAGAGGGCCGUCCAGGCCCCAUUCAGAGUAAGUUGCACUUUUUAAUGUUGUGUUAUUUUCAUUUGUUUUAUUCCUUUUUUUAAAAUUGCUGCAUGUUCAGAGCCUUUAAAUGUGAUUUUAAAACAAUUUUUUAAGACAUUGAGGAGAAAGAUAAUACAUGUCUGCAGAAUAGAUGGUAGGUGUUUGACCCAGUGUAUCUGCAUGGUCUGGGACAGUGGAGAGACACUUUUCCAUCCACGUGUUUCAGCAAUCCCUUCCUCAUCUCUCUCUGCAGUUCAUUAGAGGGAGUACUUUUUUCAUCUGGGUUCUCAUUCUUGCGUGCUAAGUAGAUGUAUUAAUUUUAAUGGCGGAAGUAAGAGCAGGUUUCUCUCCCAAUCAUUUUUAAAGUGUGAUGGUUGGGUGUGUCUUUUAAUGGAUUUUUAUCUGAAGUGUUGGAAUGUAACAAAGUUGACUACAACAGUAUAGGUGGUGUUAGAGGCCGACCAGUGUGUUUGCAGCUGUCAGAGCAGCCGGCCCUGAGAGUGGGGAGGGGCCGCCGCGGUUCAAGCUCAGUGUGUUCUUGCGGUGGGAUCAUGAAAUCCCACGGCCGGCCGGCCCCUCUGAGGACACCUCUUUGUUCUCUGGGCUCCUGUGUCGAACCUACUGGAAAUGUAGAAUGCCUGUGCUUGCUGAGCUUCUUUUGUGCCCACAGGCGUCUGGGCAGAAGGAUGCUGUGGGUUAGCAGUCCCAGAGGUUUCACUCCUUUCCCACUAAUCCCUGUGUGCCCGCACCCUGCUUCCCCUGCCCUUCUUCCCUUGUGUUUUUUUCCUUCUCUCUCCUCUCUCUCUCUCUCUCUCUCUCAAAAGAAGAGUUCAGAGAAUUACAUUCCUUGGCUGGUGAAUGGAGUACUAGACGCAGCCUCAGGACACUGGUCACCUCUCCCUGUCCUCCUCAGAGCCACUGCAGAAGCCGCUGCCAGUGGGAACUGUCCCAGCGCCAGGCACUUGCCGCCAGGCUGCUAGAGGAGAGAGAGAGGUGCCGCCCUGGGGUGUGUCUCCUGGGUUUCUUUUGUUCCCCAUUUGUCAGUGGGCAGACGGGUGGGGUGGGAGGUCUCUAUGUGCCUUUCCUUUGCAGGUGGACAGUCUGUGCCACACCGGA